AUGGCGCCCAGGGCUCGUGGCCGGCGCUGCCCGCUGGGCUCCUGCCCGGGCGCUCCGGGCCGGGGCGCGGUCGUCUUUGUGUGGCUCUUUCUUGGCACUUUGUGCGCAGCUCCUGCCAGUGCCAUCCAGGUGACUGUGUCAGACCCCUACCACGUGGUGAUCCUCUUCCAGCCCGUGACCCUGCCCUGCACCUACCAGUUGACCACGACCCCCACAGCACCCAUCGUGAUCUGGAAGUACAAGUCUUUCUGCCGGGACCGCAUCGCCGAUGCUUUUUCUCCAGCCAGUGUUGACAACCAGCUCAAUGCCCAGCUGGCAGCUGGUAACCCGGGCUACAACCCCUAUGUGGAGUGUCAGGACAGUGUGCGCACUGUCAGGGUUGUAGCCACUAAGCAGGGCAAUGCUGUGACCCUGGGAGAAUACUACCAGGGCCGGAGGAUCACCAUAACAGGAAAUGCUGACCUGACCUUUGACCAGACGGCUUGGGGGGACAGUGGUGUGUAUUACUGCUCUGUGGUCUCAGCCCAGGACCUCCAGGGGAACAACGAGGCCUACGCAGAGCUCAUCGUCCUGGACUGGCUGUUCGUGGUUGUUGUCUGCCUAGCUGUCUUCCUUGUCUUCCUCCUCCUGGGCAUCUGCUGGUGUCAGUGCUGCCCGCACACCUGCUGCUGUUACGUCAGGUGCCCCUGCUGCCCAGACAAGUGCUGCUGCCCAGAGGCUUUAUAUGCUGCUGGUAAAGCAGCCACCUCAGGUGUCCCGAGCAUCUACGCCCCUAGCACCUAUGCUUACCUUUCUCCUGCCAAGACCCCACCCCCAGCAGCCAUGAUUCCUAUGGGCACUGUCUACAAUGGAUACGCUGGAGACUUCGACAAGAAUAGCUCAGUAGGUGGCUGUAGCUCCCAGGUACCCCUGCUUCGUGAUGCAGACAGCAGUGUGUCCUCUGAAGUCCGUAGUGGCUACAGAAUUCAGGCCAGCCAGCAGGAUGACUCUAUGCGAGUCCUGUACUACAUGGAGAAAGAACUGGCCAACUUUGACCCUUCUCGACCUGGCCCCCCCAGCAGCCGUGUAGAGAGGGCCAUGAGUGAAGUCACCUCCCUUCAUGAAGACGACUGGAGAUCACGGCCUUCCCGCGGCCCUGUCCUCCCACCAAUCCAGGAUGAGGAAUGGGGUCGCCACUCCCCUCGGAGUCCAAGGAGAUGGGAGCAGGAGCCCCUUACAGAACGGCCCAAGAGUGGGUGGGGGGCCGGGCGUCCCCGGGCUCGUUCUGUGGAUGCUCUGGAUGACCUCACGCGGCCAGGCUCUGCUGAAUCAGGGAGGAGGUCUCCACCAAAUAGUGGGAAGAAAGGCCGAGCUUAUGCACACCCCCGAAGCCGCAGCCGUGACGACCUCUACGACCAAGAAGACCCAAGGGGCUUUCCACGCUCUCAGGAACCCCACUUCGAUGACUUCAGGUCUAGAGACCGCCCUAGUGCUGACCCGAGGAACCGCUCCUACCGCUCUCGGGAUGCUCGGAACGAGCGGUCCAAGGACCCCCAAUACGACGGCCGGCUUCUGGAAGAGGCCUUGAGGAGGAAGGGGCCAGCGGAGAGGAGACCUUACAGGGAGGACGAGGACGACUACUACCCUCCAGCGCCUCCCCCUUACUCCGAGACCGACUCCCAGGCCUCUCGGGAGCGGAGGCUCAAGAAGAACUUGGCCCUGAGCCGGGAAAGUUUAGUCGUCUGA